AUGACAGGUACACGAAUCCUCGAGCUGUUCGGCCCAGCGCCAGAACCCCCCUCCGAGUUAGGCCGCUACCGAAUUCUUUCACCCACAGCGGGCAUACGUGUUUCUCCCCUCCAGCUCGGUGCACUAUCUAUCGGAGACGCAUGGAGCACCGAUCUUGGCUCAAUGGAUAAAGACUCGGCCAUGGAGUUACUAGAUGCCUACGCCGCUUCGGGGGGGAACUUCAUUGACACAGCAAACGGGUACCAGAAUGAACAGUCGGAAACGUGGAUAGGAGAAUGGAUGGCCAGCCGCACCAACCGGGACCAGAUGGUGAUUGCCACCAAAUUCGGGCCCGACUAUCGUGCCCAUGAACUGGGCAAGGGGCUCCCUGUGAACUAUUCGGGGAACCACAAGCGCAGCCUACACAUGAGCGUUCGUGACUCCCUGCGAAAAUUGCAAACAAGCUGGAUUGAUAUCCUCUACCUGCACACGUGGGACUAUACCACCUCUAUCCCGGAGCUCAUGGAUUCACUACAUCAUCUUGUGCAGCGCGGAGAGGUUCUCUACCUGGGAAUUUGCAAUACACCAGCUUGGGUUGUUAGUGCAGCAAACACUUAUGCCCAGCAGCAGGGGAAGACCCAGUUCUCUGUCUACCAGGGUCGUUGGAAUCCUCUGCGGCGAGAGAUCGAGCGUGAUAUUCUACCAAUGGCCCGGCACUUUGGGAUGGCCGUGACGGUGUAUGACGCCCUUGGCAGUGGCAAGUUUCAAUCACGGGAUAUGCUCGCACGCCGCAAGGACCAGGGAGAAGGGCUGCGAGCGAUAUAUGGUGGGGAGCAGACAGCGCUGGAGGAGGCAAUGAGUAAGGCGCUGGGGGUUGUCGCCGCACAGCAUGGGACUGAAUCAGUCACAGCCGUUGCCCUGGCGUACUUGCUGGCAAAGGCCCCAUAUGUCUUUCCAAUUAUCGGCGGACGCAAGAUCCAGCACUUGCAUGACAACAUCCAGGCGCUCUCACUCCGGCUCAGCCAGGAGGAGAUCAAAUAUUUAGAAAGCGUGGGAGAUUUUGACCCAGGUUUUCCGUAUGAUAUGGCUGGGGUCGAUCCAGCUGAUACUGGGAUAGCUACUCCGAUUGUGGCUCAGGCAGCACCGAUGGCGUUUGUCCAGAGAUCCAAGGCUAUAGGGUACGCUGAAUCUAACAAGGGGAGUCAGACGUCUGGCUGA